AUGGGUCUUGUCGACUAUACAGACUCAGAUCAUUCAGACGUGGAGGGAAAGCUCGUAAAAAAGUUUCCUGAAAAAUCUAGAUCUUCACACUCAGCAUUUUCAAAAGUUGUGGACAGAUCAAAUCCCGGCAAGAUCAAGAUUUCCUUGCCGCAAGCCGCACUGGAAGAAAAAGAUGAGCUGGACGAGCGUCCCAACAAGAAGAUAAGAACAGAUAAUGGAGGACUUAAUGACUUCAACUCUUUCCUUCCGGCACCGAAAAAUUCGAAAGCUAGUACGAGCGCGGGAGCUUUUCGUCUAAAGACUGGAGCGGCACCAGCGUUUAGCAGAGAAGAUGAACCAGAAAUGAACUACGAGGUCGAAGAAUGUGAACAGUUAAGUCAUGUAGUAAAAGACUCUGAUUCGCCAGUAACUCCACAACCGAAUGUUUCUGGAAUUAAAAUGAUCGGAAAGCCUCGGAUCUUGAGGCCACUGUCAGUUUCAAGGAACUCUGCAAAAAGAAAGAUUGAGCAUAAUGUUCCUAUGACCAAACGUGCCACUGACAUAGUAAUAUCCACACCAGAACCAAAGACAAAUUCUUGCCAAAAAGUUACCCUCUUUGGCUCGAUAUCCGAGCCAGAAACUCAUACACCGUUGCCAAAAAACAAUGGAUUUAAUUCAAUAAUAUAUGACAUCUCUAGUUGUACAGAUGAGACUUCGGGCUGCGAAAAGUACGAGGCCUCAUAUGAGGAUUACACUCCUACAUCAUCAUUUUCUAUUCCACCCUCUGUUCCUACUCCACCAAUAUCCAAUACACUAUCAUCAUUAGCUGACAAUCUCAAUCUCUCCAUUUCUGAAAGACGUCAACUCUUUGGGAGGCAUAAAGAAAAUGACAUUUGGGCUUCGGAUCCCAAAAUAAUCAACUUUAAUACGGACGAAGAAUACGCACACAACGAAAUAAUACGCAGCACUGGCGAGCAACAGGUACACAACCCUGUUAGGGCCAUUGCACCUGGAAAGCAUAGUCUUAAACAAUUGGUCAAUGCUGCGCAGAGUCAAAAAGAGGCAUUGGAGGAAAGCUUUGCGAAAGGAAAAAGUAACAGAGCUGAGGCUAGUAGUCGGUACGGCUGGUUUUAUGGUAAAACAUUAAAGAGAAGACAUUUGGCUGUAGGGUAA